GCUUGACAACAGCAAAAACACUUUCCUCUUUCUAGCCAUUUCCACAAAACCAACCUUUCACAGACUAAACAUUUUCUAGUAACGUUAGUUCUGUGGCAAAACUGUGUUCAUAUUUCCAGACUCAGUUACUGACAGACUGUGCGGCACGCAUUUUCAAGAAAGGAGUGCUGUGUUUUUGAAGAGGGAAAGAAAGAGAGUGAACGAAACCGACGAGAGAUAGAUAGAGAGAGUCUAACAGAAGCUAUCCACACAGCAACGGGAGUGGACCGAGGCCCGACCCAGUCACCCAGGUGUAACAUCCCGCUACUGGAAGGAGGGAGACGGCAGAGCCAUGGCGAAUAUAGCGGUCCAAAGAAUCAAACGGGAGUUCAAAGAAGUUCUGAAAAGCGAAGAGACGAGUAAAAACCAGAUCAAGGUGGACCUGGUAGAUGAAAACUUCACAGAGCUGCGAGGAGAGAUCGCAGGACCACCGGACACGCCGUACGAAGGUGGAAGAUUUCAACUGGAAAUCAAAAUCCCAGAAACGUAUCCCUUUAACCCUCCCAAGGUGAGGUUCAUCACUAAGAUCUGGCACCCCAACAUCAGCUCAGUAACAGGAGCCAUCUGUCUUGACAUCCUCAAAGACCAGUGGGCAGCAGCGAUGACUCUGAGGACAGUACUGUUGUCCCUCCAGGCUCUUCUGGCUGCAGCUGAACCGGACGACCCCCAGGAUGCAGUAGUGGCCAACCAGUAUAAGCAGAACCCAGAGAUGUUCACGCAGACAGCCAGGUUAUGGGGCCAUUACUACGGUGGAGCCCCUGUACCCGGUCCAGAAUACACACGGAAGAUAGACAAACUCACUGCCAUGGGCUUCGAAAAGAAUGCAGUAAUCGCUGCUUUGUCUUCUAAAUCCUGGGACGUGGAGACGGCGACAGAACUACUCCUUAGCAACUGAGACCCAGCAAGAAACCCCCCCUCUUGACCUCAUCUCCGUUCUCCUCAUGGUGCCCUCCGAUGCCUUCUAACCACAAAGCCCAAACUGAGCCUUUACUGGGGUGAUGUCAUAGUUUCAGCCCUCCUCGUCCAAUAGACUUCCUGGUGUCCUUUCAGCCCAAACAUCACCAACCCCAUCCGCUUCGGUUCUUCCCUUUCCAACAUUGAUCCACUGUUACCUGGUGGAGCCUACUGGCUGAGAGAGACAGACCACACACCGCCGGACAAAUACACGGCGGAAAACUUCUACAGGUCUAGGAUCAGUCUCUCCUCAAGGAUUUAUCUGUAACUGUACAAAUACACGGCGGAAAACUUCCUGGAUAUUAUAAAAUUAAAAAAAAUACGUAAACUGUGCUUCAGUUUUACUCACGACUAGAAGGAAAGAAAUUGACUAUUUUGGUUGGCCGACCAGGGAGUUCGUCCGAAUGUCCCGAUUGGCUGGUUGAAGUGACUUAUGCGUUUGAUUGGCCCAGUCUGCUCCCCCCCCCCCCACGAGGAAGAAACCUCUUUCUCAGCAGAGCAAACUCACCGAUCCGCUGGAUCUAUAUUUUAUUUAAAAAAAAGACUCUUCCCUCUUUUCACUGUCUUCCUGUUCCACUAUCGCACGAUAACGACGGAGAAGAAGAACUGCACGACAGAGUAGGGACCACUACCCCCCCCCCAUAAGGCUCUGGUCAAAAGUAGUGCACUAUAUAAGAGAUAGGCUGCCAUUUUGUUUUGUUUUUAAACGCAGUCGGGGAGUUAUCAGUCUGAAGGAAACAGCAGCCGUCAGACCUGGGUUCAGAUGCUAUUUGAAAUCUUUCAGCUUUAGUCUGCCUUUUGAGAGCCAGAUGGGAGGGGUUUACAGUAUUUAUUGGCCCGUGACGCCAGGCGAACUCAAUCAAGCACAGAUAAAGGGUUUGAAAUGAUAUCGAGGGUGUUUGAACCCGGGUGUGGACGGCGUACAAUCGCAUGAUUAUUUAUUGUGAGACUGUCAACGUUACUUUUAUUAAAAAACUACCUGGAAAAUCAAAAUGUUUUUUUUUUUUA